CAAAUCUUACAACCUACUGGUUGAAGAUGCUCAUUAAAAAGUCUGCAAAACAACAAAAAUGGAAAAUGAAGAAAUUGUUUAUAAGCAAGCCCGUUUGUCAGCAAACACGACCCACCACAACGUAUAUACGAAAAGCUGUUUUGUUGUCAUUUAGUGUAUUUCAAUGGAGUAUUUCACAUGAACAACUACCCGUGAUACGACUGGACUUGUAUAAACAGACAAACUUUCUGAAAGUUGGAAGAAAGCUGGUUCAGUUCAGCCCAGUUCCUGGUUUGCUGUUUUCAUCGGUUCGCCAGUUACCUGAAUUUGAAAUGGAGAAUCCUUACUUGUUCAGUCAAUGGCAUGUCAACUCUCUCGAUGCGCUCAGCUUCUCCCCUGCUUUUGGAGACGAAGCUUCUCUAAUGAUUAUCCGGCGGCCGCCGUUGACAGGCCUCAAAAAGUGCUUAAAACCAACUGCUGGAAUCCUUGCAAAGCUGAUCAUGCGGCUGAUUUACCAAACCUCGAAGCUGCUGCUUUUGCCUGUUCCAACACAUGAAUCCAAUGGGGAUUUUGAAGCCUAGAGAUGAGGCUGCUUGUUCUAUGAACAUGGAGCCCUCGUUUCCUCAAAACCAUAACUAUUUGCUUAAGGGUUGCCAUGGAUCUAAGAGAAUUUCCCAGACACAUGAUCAUAUCAUGGCCGAAAGGAAACGCCGAGAAAAGCUCAGCCAAAGGUUCAUAGCUUUGUCUUCCAUGGUGCCUGGCUUAAAAAAGAUGGACAAGGCAUCGGUGCUUGGAGAUGCCAUAAAGUACCUGAAGCAAUGCAGGAGAAAGUGAAGACGCUGGAGGAGCAGACCAGAAAGAAAUCAAUGGAGUCGGUAGUUUCGUGAAGAAAUCCCAACUCCCGCCGGUAUUGACGACUUUUGGUCGGACAAGAAGUCGAGUGGUCCCUUCGAAGAGCCACUUCCGGAGAUCGAAGCAAGGUUUUGCGACAAAAGUGUCCUCAUAAGAAUCCACUGUGAGAAAGAAAAGGACUUGUCGAGAAAAUCAUGUCUGAAAUCGAGAAAUCUCACCUAACAGUCAUUAACAGCAAUGCCAUGACAUUUGGGAGUUGUGCUCUCGACAUAACCAUUGUCGCUCAGGUACUUAAAACAAUCUGUCUGAAACAAUGGCAAAUCAUUAUUUCAUGUACUGUAAUCUCCUUUUGUUU